CACGCGUCCCCCACCCCCCACCCGCCCCACUCCCAGGUGAUCAUCGAGCGCUACAAGGGUGAGAAGCAGCUGCCUGUCCUAGACAAGACCAAGUUCCUGGUCCCGGACCAUGUCAACAUGAGCGAGUUGGUCAAGAUCAUCCGGCGCCGCCUGCAGCUGAACCCCACGCAGGCCUUCUUCCUGCUGGUGAACCAACACAGCAUGGUGAGCGUGUCCACGCCCAUCGCGGACAUCUAUGAGCAGGAGAAGGAUGAGGACGGCUUCCUCUACAUGGUCUACGCCUCCCAGGAAACCUUCGGCUUCUGAACCAGCAGUAGGGGGGGUUGGCCUGGGAGUGGGGGCCCUGUCAGGCUCUGCCUAGGGAGCUCCAGGCUCCUGAACUGAGCUGCCUCUGCCCCUGUGGGCUGGGCAGGGAUAUGGCCCCCUAGCCAGGGGGCCCAGCCAACCAACUCCACCCUUGGGUGGAUCCUGGGCCAGUCACGUUAGGAUUGCCCCUCUGGGUGCUGGCUGGGAUGGGGGAGCGUGGGGAGCAGCCCCCAGCACCCCUGCUUUGUGUGGUUUGUCUUUUUUUUUUUUAGGCCCCUGCCUGUCUGCCCAUCUGUCCCUCACCCACCUGAGGCUUUGCCCCCGGUCUGGACCUGCCCACCCCUGAAAGAUGGCUCCUGGCUCACCCACAUGAUCUUCACAUGGUGUAUGGAUCUCUGGUCAUUGUCCCUCUGCAGAAUAAAGAUUGCUCAGGCCUGCCUGGC